AUGGCGGAAAGGCUGCUUGAUCCGCACCCUGCAAAUGGAGGUGCCAAGCACAAGCAGCGCGAGGACUUGUCCGGAGACUAUUCACCUAGGGCCAUGAGCCCAAGCGGGAGAAGCCCCAGAGGCACCAGCCCGAGGGGCAGAAGUCCCAGCGCGAGAAGUCCAAGAGCAACGAGCCCAGUCUCAUACGCAAUGGGUGUGCCGAAGGAUACGGGGAGACCCCCCAAGAAGCUGAUCUUGUGCUUUGAUGGAACGGGGAACAAGUUUCAUGGCGAUGAGAGUGAUAGCAAUAUUCUCAAAAUCUUUCGCAUGCUGGAUCGGUCUGCCGGAGACCAGUAUCACUACUAUCAACCCGGUAUUGGUACCUAUGUUAUUUCAGACUCCCUUUCUCAUAGCGGUCUCCGAGCUCGACUUAAAUCAUGGUAUCAAAAGGCAAAGGACUCGGCCAUCGGCUCCUCGUUCGAUCAGCAUGUGGUCGGUGGCUACCGUUUCCUCAUGCGGUUCUACCAGACGGGCGAUGAGAUCUACAUGUUUGGCUUCAGUCGCGGUGCAUAUAUUGCGCGAUUCUUGGCAGAAAUGCUCGACUACAUAGGUCUCUUGUGUCACGGAAACGAAGAAAUGGUCAAGUUUGCUUGGAAAGCUUUUGCACAAUGGCAGGCCAGGAAGCCCCCUUCGAAGGAUGACGAUGACGACGAGUCCGAGUCUGAAGAGGACAAGGAAACACGCAGAAUGUACAACUAUAUGAAAGGCUUUCGUGAGACAUUCUCCAGGCCUGUGGGCAGAAUUCGAUUUCUGGGUUUAUUCGAUACUGUCAACUCGGUGCCGCGAUUCGAGGCCGCUUGGAUGCAACGCAGCAAGUUUCCUUACACGGCACGUACUAGUGCCAAGGUUAUUCGGCAUGCUGUUAGUAUUGAUGAGCGGCGCGCCAAGUUUCGCCAGGAUCUUAUAUACCAAAAGCCGCCGAAACAUGAGCACCGCGUUCAUGUCCAUCACCAUCAUGUGGGUGACGUGAUUGACCGACUGCGGCACAGUAUGGACGUGCCACGCCCACACUCUGGUGACAAGCCUGAGCUUCCCGCUGUUCCCAUGGAGAAGGAAAGGCAUCCUAGCCAGUUCCUCGCCCCGGGUGAUACGGCAAGAGGACGCCGUGGUGCGGUUUCUCACAAGCAUGAUUAUGCUCCGUACCGGGCUCGGUCCAGAUCAAGACAGAAAAUGGCACAACGUGCUAUCCAGGACGAUCAAGACAACAUAUCGUGUUCUGAUGCCUCGCAAUGGGAGACGGAAAUGGACGACUGGAAGAACGAGGAUCAGGACAUUGACGAGAUUUGGUUCGCAGGUGGCCACGGAGACAUUGGCGGAGGUUGGGAAGCACUCGAUGAUCGUAAGAGCGCCAGUCAUGUACCCCUAGCAUGGAUGAUUCGGGAAGCCAUGAGGGCAGGUCUACAAUUCGACAUGGAUAAUGUGACCGAUAUGGGCUGCCACGAUGUAUUCAACAGCGUUCGCCCCUCAACUCGAGAAAAUCGGCCAAGUCGAGCAUCCAAGCCAGCUAUCCAAGUGCAGGACGAAGCAGGCCAUGUACAGGAAGGCCAACAGAAUGGCAACUCGAGCCCCGAAAUCGAAGGAAAGGAGUUUGCCACAGGAUUCGCUGCUGAUUCGAACCACAUCUCGCCAUUCCAUGAACUCAUGCACAAGGCGCACACAUCCCGUAUUCACGACUCGCUCGAGUAUGGCGGUGGACUUGGUAUGAUGGCCGUCUCAGCGUGGAAGUUUAUGGAAUACUUGCCGUUCCGUCGCAUGGACUUGCAGCCCAACGGAUCUUGGAAACCUAUUCGUUGGCCCUUACCAUGUGGUGAGGUGCGAGAUGUGCCGACUAAUGUGAGGGUUCACGGUAGUGUUAUCCGCAGAUUGAAGGAGGAUGAGACGUACAGGCCGGGCAACUUGAUUAUUGGAGGCGGCGGAAGGGGUGUGAGACAGGCACCAGCGGAAUACGGCAUUGGAGACUGGGUUUGCGUUGCUGAGCAUGGUGAUCCAAUUGGUGAGAUUUGGGAGAAGAAGCCAAAGGAGGAGAAUGAGAAUGGAAUGACUGGAGCAAAUGGAACGAACGGAGUAGGGCAGUAA